AGCCCCCCCGCUCGCAUCGACCGCCGUUCGUCCGGUUCACUUCACUUCACAGUUCCGACCAUGGCUGGACACUUCCCGAACCGGCCCUCCCCAGAAACCCCAGAAGAGGCGACGAAACCCUAGAAGGCUCCCCUCGCCCAUUCCUCCUUCCCUAUUCCCAUGGCCGACCGCGACCGAGCUCGCGAUUGGGAUCGCGACCGCGACCGAGACCGCGACCGCGACCGGAGGCGAGACAAGGACGGCGACCGCGACCUCCGCGACCGCGACCGAGACCGAGACCGAGACCGAGAGCGUCGCGGCAAGCGCUCGCGCACGCCCGACCACGCCAGGUCCCGCCACGCGCGAUCACGGACGCGGUCCCCCGACAGGUACCGCUCCCGCACCCCGGAGGACCGGGCCCACCGCCGCCACCGCAACCGGGGCAGCCCCUCGCCGGAGCCCGGGCGGAAGCGCCACCGCCGGGAGUCGCCCGAGAGGGACGACAGGGACCGGGAGAGGGAGCGGCUGAGGGCGGUGUCGGACUUCGUCGACGGGAUCGUGAAGGAGCAGCAGCAGAGCAAGAAGGGGAAGGACGGGGCCGCCGGCGCGGGAGCGGAGGCGGAGGCGGAGGCGGGUGCGGGUGCGGGUGCGGGGGACGAUGAGGUGGAGAUGAUGAAGAAGUUGGGGAUUCCGGUCGGGUUCGACUCGACGAAGGGGAAGCCGGUGCCGGGAGCGGACGUGAGCGGGGUUAGGCCGGUGACGAAGCGGCAGCCGCGGCAGUACAUGAACAGGAGGGGAGGGUUCAAUCGGCCGCUGCCGGCGGAAAGGAACCGAUAAGCUCGAUUUUAGAAGAAUUCAAGGUCAAUUCAGAAGGACUCUACAUGCGUAGAAUUCAUCGGCAAAGUUAUACUUGAAAACCUUCCAGUUUACAUGCUUCAAAUUCGGCAGGGAGGAUGGGGGUUUCAUUUUCGGCCUUCUGUACCUGAUUUUGAAAAGUGUUUCUAGUUAUGUAGACCUCAGCAGUUGUUAUUGGGUAGUAAUCUCUCUUGCUUUGCUAAGAAAUGACAAACAGUAAUUUGUCUUGACCAGAGAAUGAGGCGCUGUUGACACCAUCUGAUUAUUCCCCGGGAUGUACCCCCAGCAAUUAUCUGAACAAAGCUGCAGGACAGCAAGGGAAAACACUUUCAUGUAGUUAGAUAUAGUGAUCUGUCAUCGAAGUUGAAGUGUCUUAUUUUACUUUGCAGGUCUUUCCUGUGGUAAUUUGAUAGAUUGAUAAUCUAUUGUGUGACUGGUUUACUGCAUCAUAUAUCAAAACCGCUAAACGAAAUUAUUUACAUUGUUUCCGUGAUAAA